UUGUGUAUGUGAUACACACUCAUACGACAUACUUAAGGCAAAUAUCUACUUUUAAAACACGGCCGUGUAGUAUUUCCCGUAUAUAACUGCUACAUCACGUUGUGCUAUAACAAAAUGUGGAUGUUUGUGGCAUGGUUUCUAUGGAUAUUUCUUGCAGACUAUGUUACCCUAUCAUCAGCAACAAAUACAACGACGAUUUUACCAACAACGACCACGUCGUCGACAUAUCCAGUUGGUGUUGCCAUCACCGUGUCCAUAGUGGCGAUCUGUCUGGCUACAAUGUGCAUCUUGGUUAUAGCCCUUAUUGUGGGAUAUCUGUAUAAAAGAAAGAUCCACAUACUUUUAGACCGAUUAAAAGAAAAUGGAGGAGAUGGAAUUCAAAAUGAUGCAUACCAAGAAGCAACCCCUUCUGAUCCAACAGCGAUAACAAUUUCAACAUGAAACUUGUUCACUUAUUAUUUACCCAAUAUUAUUACUGGUGGAGCUAGGUGGUACUAUGCUUUAAAAACCCCCAUCAACAACAAAUUCUCCUGAAUGAGAAACAAACCCACUGUCCAAUAAGUUUAGGGUUUGUUUAUAUUAUACUGGCAUUACAGAGGAACAGAAAGGGUGGAGAGAAUAGUGCACAAGAAAACUAAGGCAUAGCUUUUCUAACCUUCUCCCCUUGAUACAAACCUGGAAUAAUACGACUGAUGAUUCAAAACAUCUCACAGUGCAUGUGGACACCUCUACGAUUUAAAAAGAAGAAGAAGAAUGUUUUUAGAAAACAAAAUGUCAUUGGUUCUCCUCUGCAUUUAAGUAUCAUGGCAUCAUGGACACUGAAACUGAAAGGCUGGUAAAGGUUGUCUGGAUCUAACUCUGAUUAAAUACUGAUUCACUAACAUUCUGGAUACUGAUACCCAGCCCUCGAAAUAUUAACCUGGGUCUUAAUCAGACUUGAACCCCCAACACCAUCUCGACGUUGACGUCGUUACAGACACUGCCACCAGAGCCCAAUAGCUGAAGAUUUUGUUUGCUCCAGAAAUAGUUGUCAUUUCACAAAGACGAAACAAAAAUUAAAGUGUCUCGUAUUUUGUAAUAAACAGAUUUAAUACAA